UCACCACCUCCUCCUUUUAUUUUCGGAAUUCCCCAAAUUAGCCUACCCCCCCUUCUCAAAUUCUCCAUCUCAUCCACCCUUCCUUCUCCAAUUUAGGGUUUCUGAUCUGAUCCACCCCUCUCCCCCAAUUCUCAGAAACCCUAAUCCUCUCUCUCUCUCUCUCUCAUCAACCACCUAGGGUUUUGGUUUCCGUCAUCGUUUUCAUUUCCGUCGGCUUCGCUAUUUCACGAUGAAGAAGCAGACGAGGAGGAGGAGGAAGAAGAGCAGCUCCCCGGCGGAUCCGACGCCAGCCGCAGCCGUCCCUAAGGACGGCGCCGAGAAGAAGGCCGUGGCCGCGCUGACGGAGGCUUUCUCGUCUGUCUCCGUCAGCGACGCCGUCUCGGCGCUUCGCGAAGCCAACGGCGAUCCUGACAAGGCUGCCCAGAUUUUGGUCGAGUCUAUGGCCGACGCCUCCGACGAGCCGUUUACUAGCUCCACCUCCGGCGGCGCUUCCUGCACUGAUGAUCAGUUCACUAGCUCCACGUCCGGCGGAGCUUCCUGUUCCGAUACAGGCUCCGACUAUCUGUUCAUGAGCUCGUCGUCCUGCGGCGUGUCUGGAUUCGAAACUGGCUCGAGCUCCGGGUCGGGCUCGUCGGAGGGGUUCGAGUCGGGUUGUGAUCAGAACUUAAGGAGUGAGAGGUGUAGGAAUAAGCAGAAGAAGGCGAUUGCGUCGGCCGGAACGGUUUCGAAUGUGCUGGGGAAGGAGUAUGUGAGGUCAAGGAUGACGAAGCCCGCUGGUUCGAAGAUUGAAGAUGCUGCCAGUGAAGAGGAGGCUGAACAGUUUCUGUGCUCAAUGCUUGGUGAUGACUCCGAGAUCAAUAUGGCGGUUAUUAGAGAUGUGCUUUGUCAGUGUGGGUAUGAUGUUGAAAAGGCCUUGGAUAUCUUACUUGAGGUAUCUGCGUCCACAUCUCAACACUCCAGUUUUGCUUCCGACUAUGGUUUGGUUUAUAAGGAAGAUGGUGGAUAUCCCACCAGACAGUUUGACUCUCUGACAGAUAGGGCAUCUGAUUGUACUUCACAUUCAUCAGAAGAUAAUAUAUGGUAUUCGGGAUACACUUGCCGGAAUUAUGCGGACGUUCUUGCUAGUUCAGAGGCUCAUCCUCCCACAAGCCCAAGUAGUAACGAAUCAAAUCUCCCACAAAAGGUGUUGGAAUCUUUGUUUAAAAUCUCUAAGCCUCCUGAAUAUGAACCAAAAGCUAUGAACUGGAAGAAUGUAGUGAGUAAGUUGCAGUCAUUAGGACCUGAAGUUGAUGGUUGCACAUCAAGCACUGGGCAAACAAAACAAGACUCUUUGGCUGCAGGAGAUGAAUAUCAUGCAUUUAGGAAAACUUCAAGGCAGCACUGGGAUUCGGUGAAGUCUUCCUAUCAGAAGGCUGCUAUAGCAUAUUCAAAGGGAUCACGAGAGCAUGCAGGUUAUCUUUCUGAGCAGGGGAGGGUACAGACUAAAAUGGCACAGAAGGCUGAUGAAAAGGCAAGCAAGGAAAUCUUUAAAGCUAGAAACAAGGACAUAGAAAAUGUGAUAACCAUUGAUUUGCAUGGGCAGCACGUCAAACCAGCAAUGAAGCUAUUAAAAGUCCAUCUUCUAUUUGGAACAUACACACAAUCGGUUCAAUUCCUCAGGGUCAUCACUGGAUGUGGGUCUCAUGGUCUGGGAAAGUCAAAGCUAAAACAAUCGGUCAUAGAGCUUGUUGAAAACGAAGGUAUAUCAUGGUCUGAAGAGAAUCGAGGGGUUGUCUUAAUAAAGCUUGGUUCACACACAGAAUUCAACUUUAUGGAUUCCGAGAGUGAUGAUGAGUUAGUUGUAUAACAUAAACUAGUCUGUAGAACCCUCAGGUUGGUCUUCAUUGUCAGUCGCUAGGGAUUGGUAAACCCUCCUCAGGUUCUGUUGUCAUAGAGUACUAUUAGUAUAGUGAUUGUGUGUAAAAUUCGAGGCCAGGUUUUAGAUGUCCAUAUUCAUCUCUCUCCAUAGGUCCAGAUUUACUUGAAACCCUCUUUUGAAAGCUAAAGAUACUAGACACAUCUCAAGAUGCUCUUUGUACUGUAUGGAGCGUGUAUAUACUUGAGAAAUAAAGUGUAAUUUAUCUUCGUAUUUAACAACUGACAGGCCAUCAUAUGCAUA